AAGAAAAAGAAAUAAAUAAAAAAGUGAGGGCUCGUCGCUCUUUCUCUCUCUCUCUCUGCGACGGCGCCUCCACCUCGUCGAACCCUUUCUCCACUCCCAAGAAGAAGAGAGGAGAGGAGAGGAGAGGAGAGGAGGAUCAACAAUGGCGGGGCGAGGUACGGCCAUGGAGGGAGUCUCCUUCUCCGACGACGUCGUCAUCAAGUCCCCCACCGACCGUAGAUCGUACCGGAUUCUCCGCCUCCCCAACGGACUCUGCGCCGUCCUCGUCCACGACCCCGAGAUCUACCCCGACGGCCAUGGCGGCGACGCCCUAGAGGGCGGGGGCGACGAGGGCGAAUUCGGAUCGGAGGAGGACGAGGACGAGGACGAGGAGGAGGAGGAGGAGGAGGAGGAGGAGGAGGAUGACGAAGAGGAUGGGGAGGAAGAGGAUGGUGAUGGCGAUGGAGACGCGGAUGGGGAUGGAGAUGGGAGUGAGAAGAAGAAGAAGAAGGGGGAUUCGCCCACUAAAAAGGCUGCUGCAGCGGUGUGUGUAGAAAUGGGUAGCUUCUCUGAUCCUUCAAAGGCUCAGGGUCUAGCCCACUUUCUAGAACAUAUGCUUUUUAUGGGGAGUUCUGAGUAUCCUGAUGAAAAUGAGUAUGAUAGUUACUUGUCCAAGCAUGGUGGCUCGACAAAUGCUUACACCGAAACCGAGUACACUUGCUACCAUUUUGAAGUUAACCGGGAGUAUCUCAAGGGGGCCUUGAAAAGGUUCUCGCAGUUCUUUAUAUCACCACUUAUGAAGGCUGAAGCUAUGGAACGUGAGGUUUUAGCAGUUGACUCAGAGUUCAACCAGGUACUUCAAAGUGAUAGUUGUCGUCUUCUGCAACUUCAUUGUCACACAUCUUCUGCUGGGCACCCUUUUAACCGAUUUUUCUGGGGUAAUAAGAAAAGCUUACUUGAUGCUAUGGAAAGUGGUGUCAAUCUGAGAGAAGAAAUCUUGCGAAUGUACAGGGAUAAUUAUCAUGGAGGAAGGAUGAAGUUGGUUGUCAUUGGUGGAGAGUCACUUGAUGUACUGGAAGAUUGGGUGGUGGAGCUUUUCGGCAAAGUUAAAGCUGGUCCGCCAUUAAAAAUGAGUUGGAAGAUUGAUAUGCCUGCCUGGAAAGCUGGAAAGUUAUACAAGUUAGAGGCUGUUAAGGAUGUCCACAUCCUUGACUUAACAUGGACAUUGCCUUGUCUGCAUAGAGAAUAUCUAAAGAAGCCGGAGGAUUACUUAGCUCAUUUAAUGGGCCAUGAGGGAAAGGGCAGUUUGCUUUAUUUUCUGAAAGCUAAAGGAUGGGCAACAUCAUUAUCUGCUGGAGUUGGUGAUGAAGGAAUGCGCCGGUCUUCCAUUGCUUACGUAUUUGUGAUGUCUAUUAACCUAACUGAUUCUGGAUUAGAUAAGCUAUAUGAGGUUAUUGGUGCCGUACAUCAGUACAUCAAGUUAUUGCGGCAAUCUAAACCACAAGAAUGGAUAUUUAAGGAGCUCCAAGAUAUUGGAAAUAUGGAAUUCAGAUUUGCUGAAGAGCAACCCCAAGAUGAGUAUGCAGCAGAACUUGCAGAGAAUUUGCUAUAUUAUUCUGAAGAACACAUCAUCUAUGGAGAAUAUGCUUUUGAACAGUGGGAUCCAGCAUUGGUCGAGUUUGUUUUGAGCUUUUUCUCCCCUGAAAACAUGAGGAUUGACUUACGCACUAAGUCGUUUGAUAAGCAUUCUGAAGGCUCUGGCAUGCCCUGGGCCCAUCUGCAGCUCUACUUCCUUCUCUUUCAAUGUUCAGGCCUCAAACAUGAUUUUAUUUAUACAAAAUGUGCUGCAAUUCAAUAUGAGCCAUGGUUUGGUUCACGCUACAUCGAAGAAGACAUUCAGCCAUCCCUUUUUGAGAGCUGGCGAGAUCCUCCUGAAAUAGAUCCAUCUUUGCAUUUACCUCUGAAGAAUGAGUUUAUUCCCUCUGACUUUUCUCUCCGGAGUGUUAACGUGUCAAAAAACAUUAGUAGCAAUGAUCCUAAAUGCCUUGUGGAACAGCCAUUAAUGAAGUUCUGGUAUAAGAUUGACUUGACAUUCAAUGUGCCUCGUGCGAAUACAUACUUCCUGAUAACUGUGAAGGAUGGAUAUAGCAGUGUGAAGAAUUCUGUCUUAACUGAGCUCUUUGUGAAUCUUCUUAAAGAUGAGCUAAAUGAAAUUUUGUAUCAGGCUGAAGUGGCUAAGCUGGAGACAUCUUUGUCAAUUGUUGGUGACAAACUCGAGCUAAAACUUUAUGGUUUCAAUGACAAACUGCCCGUUUUGCUAUCAAAAAUACUGGAAUUGUCGAAAUCCUUCUCCCCAAGAAUUGAUAGAUUUAAGGUUAUCAAAGAGGAUAUGGAGAGAGCGUACAGAAACACAAACAUGAAGCCUUUGAGUCAUUCUACCUAUUUGAGGCUGCAAAUACUGCGUCAGGUUUUCUGGGAUGUAGAUGAGAAACUGGCCACUCUGUUAAAACUAACCCUUUCGGACUUACAGGCUUUUAUUCCUAACCUUCUUUCUCAGCUACACUUUGAGGGCCUUUGCCAUGGGAAUCUGUCUGAAGAGGAGGCCAUCAACGUAGCAGAUGCCUUUACAAAAAUAUUUUCAGUACAAACUCUGCCGGUGGAGUUGAGACAUCAAGAGCAUGUCUUGUGUCUGCCAUCUGGCGCGCGCCUCCUUAGAAGCGUAAAUGUGAAGAAUACGCUUGAAGUGAAUUCUGUGGUUGAGCUUUAUUUUCAAAUUGAACAGGACAUAGGUACAGAGGCAACUAGAUUGAGAGCUAUCACAGAUCUUUUUGGCAGUAUUAUCGAAGAACCAUGUUUUGAUCAGCUAAGGACAAAGGAGCAGCUUGGAUAUGUUGUUGAAUGUGGCCCACGAAUGACAUACCGUGUGCUAGGGUUUUGCUUUCGUGUGCAGUCGUCGAAGUAUGGCCCUUUUUAUUUGCAAGAAAGGAUUGAGAACUUCGUCAACUCCAUACAAGGGUUACUGGACGGCCUUGAUGAUGAAUCUUAUGAGAACCACAGAAGUGGGUUGAUAGCUGAGAAACUCGAAAAGGACCCAUCACUUUCAUAUGAAACCGGUCAUCAUUGGAGUCAAAUAGUGGAAAAGAGAUAUCUAUUCAACAUGUUGAAAUUAGAAGCAGAGGAGCUCAGAACAAUUCAAAAGAGCGAUGUUAUCAGCUGGUACAACACAUAUAUAAAACUGACAUCGCCAAAAUGUAGGCAACUUGCUAUUCAUCUGUGGGGCUCCAAUACCGAUAUCAACGAGUCGACCAAGAUGCAAGAGAAAUCUUGGAAGGUCGUCGAAGACAUCCAUUCCUUCAAAAUUUCAUCAGGCUACUACUCAAGCCUGUGCUGAAGCAAUUUGCAGAUUUUUUGGUUUUUUUUAGCUUGAGAUUGGAAUUGGUGGGCGAAUUGAUUGUAACAGCGUCGAGUUUGGUGCAGUAUUUAAGGUUUGGUACGCAUGUGGUCCGUCCUAAAGCACGUGCAUGAUUCUAUUCUGCAGGAAUUUUCUAAAGCCGUACGUGUGUAUAUUCGUAUAUUCGAUAUUCGACAUAACGCACAUAGUUCAAUGUAAAUAAUAAUUGGCUUAAUUGGUAUAGGUGUAUGUAAUGUAACUCGGGAUUGCGUAAAGAGUAUGGUAGGCCCACGCAUAAAUCUACGAAACGCUUACGGCGUUUCUUUCCCGGGAAAAGAAAAAAAGGAAAAAUAAAAAUAAAAAUCUAUGAGAGCUUUCCUGA